AUGAACCUCGCGAGCUUACCAGCGAGAGUGGGUUGGAACGGCGUUGUUCGCUCGCCUCGAAUCAGCCAUCCCCAGGUGAGUCUGCUCGAGCACCAGAGCACUCUAGCAACGCUGACAAGCCCGCCCGUCCAACUCCCGACCCGUCCGCUGCCGUCGACACCGCUCACUCGCCCCCUCUCGCGCUCGCUUUGCCCGCUCCCUCCCUCGACCCGCCCGUCCGCCCGCUUCUGCCCUCCCAGUCGGCCCCUCCGUGAGUCUCUGUCCAGCCCGAGAUCCAGCUCGACCCCUCGCACCCGCCUGCCCGUCCCACGCCUCGUCUACCCCCUCUGUCGGCCUGUUCUCGCUCGCUUCGGUCCGUUGUGGUGGUCAGGGACUAUUUGGGACAGUCGCGGGACGCUCAGAGGGAGAGGAAGAGGCGAUCGAGCGGGACUUGAGCAGGGGCAGCAAACUCGGGCAGCGGGCGGGGUCGCGCGACACGCCUCGCUCAGGGUGCUCGCUUGCGUGCCAGAUGGUGGAGGAGGUGUGGAAGGACGGAAUGGAUGCAGGAGGGAGCUCGUUGGGAGGCUGGGACGGGAGGAUUGGCCAGGACAGGUGGGCGUGGACGAGAUGAGCAGGCGGCAGGGCACGACUCGCUCUGUCGGGCUCGCUUGA